AUGGCCAAAGAAAAAGACCCCACCCUGUCCAAAGAAGAGCGCAAAGCUCUUAAGCGAGCCGAAAAAGAGAAGACAAAGCGCAGCGACUCCAACGGCGUGCACAAACCUAAGGAUAGCAAGAAGGAGAAGAAAAAGGAACGGGCUGCUCUUGCGGAGAAAGUGACCAAUGCGGUGGAGAGUGGCAAGGCAGUGAUAGUGGCAGAGGAUGAAGCACAGGUGGCUGUCAAGAGUGGUGUGGAGGAGGAUGAAAGUAAGGAGAAGAAGGGGAUAUCAACGAGGCCGGUGGGGGCGUUGGUGCCGUUUGCGAAUCCGCUGGCAGACGAGAAGGUUGCGAAGAAGGUUUUUCGGGGGGUCAAGAAAGCUGCCGCUUCCAAGUCUCUCAAACGUGGCGUCAAGGAGGUCGUCAAAGCGCUCCGAAAGUCCCCGACCGUCCCUUCUUCUCCUCCACCGGGCGUGGUCGUGCUGGCGGCCGAUAUAUCGCCAAUGGAUGUCAUUUCACACAUUCCCGUCCUCUGCGAGGACCAUAGCAUUCCUUACAUCUACGUGACCUCAAGGGCGGAGCUGGGAAUGGCCGGUCAAACAAAACGGCCGACGAGCGUGGUUAUGGUGACGGGGAGUGUGGGGGGAAAGGUGAAGAAGGAGGGUGAGAAGGAAAAGGAAGGGGAGGGAGAGUGGAAGGAGACCUUUGCUGGAUUGGUGAAGGUGGUUGAGAGGGAGGGGCGGCAUGUCAAGAUAUGA